AUGCUUUUUCCUUUGAUAUGCCGGGAGAAUCUUCCAUUAACCCUAGAUUAUUACAAGUCUACUUGCCCCACCGUAUUUGACGUCAUCAAGAAAGAAAUGGAAUGCAUAGUGAAGGAAGAUCCUAGAAAUGCCGCCAUAAUUAUUCGUUUACACUUCCACGACUGCUUUGUCCAAGUACAUAUACACACCUUACUUGUUACGCAAGAAACCUCCCACUCCGGGGAGAAGAAAGCCUCUCCCAACAUAAAUUCAUUGAAAGGAUACCAACUUGUAGACAGAAUCAAGAACAUAAUCGAAUCAGAAUGUCCUGGAUCGCUUUCCUGCGCUGAUCUUCUCACUAUUUCUGCUAGAGAUGCUACAAUCCUGGUUGGUGGGCCUUACUGGGACGUUCCUGUCGGGAGAAAAGAUUCAAAAACCGCGGUUAUAGUCGCGACAACCAACCUUCCAACUCCUGACGAGGGUUUAGUCAGCAUCAUCUCUAAAUUCUACUACCAGGGUCUCUCUGUUGAAGACAUGGUCGCUACCGUAGGAGCUCACACGAUCGGGAAGGCACAAUGCAGGAACUUCCGUUCACGGAUCUACGGUGAUUUUCGGCGACGUCAGGAAUCCUGGGUCGGAGACGUACGGCGAGCCCGGGAGUUGUGUCCGGAGAGCAGCGGAGAAGGUGACAGCAACGUGACGGCGAUUGACAAUGUGACGCCGAAUCUCUUCGACAACUCGAUCUACCACACGCUGCUGAGAGGAGAAGUGCUGAACUCGGACCAGGAGAUGUACACGAGCAUGUUCGGUAUACAGACGCGGCGGAUAGUGAGCAAGUACGCGGAGGAUACGGUUGCUUUCUUCGAGCAGUUCUCUAAGUCGAUGGUGAAGAUGGGGAACAUUUUGAACUCUAAGAGCUUGGUCGAUGGUGAAGUACGAAGAAACUGCAGAUUCGUUAAUACAUGA